CACAUCCUGACCGUCACAACCGGGAAAUCGAAACCAAUUUUAUACCCUUACUAAGAAACUGUCCUUUGUCUCAUUUACUUUAUACUAAUGUGAGGAGCACAGCCAGACUAUCACAGUGCUUUAUUUCAGCUUCAGACGUCAGUUUCUUCUCCAAUUCAGAGACAUCAUGGGAAGCUCAUCUUCUAGUGCUAAAAGUCCAGAAUAUCAGGAGGGUGAAAAUACAGAUCUGAAUGGAAAAGAUCCAAAGCCUGGAGAUCUGAUUGAGAUCUUCCGUGUCGGCUAUAAGCACUGGGCUGUGUACAUCGGCAGCGGAUACGUCGUUCACUUUGUGGUAAAUGGUUUAUGCUGCAGCUCCAGCAGGGUGCCGGUACCAGGAGAGAUGGGAGUUGUUAUGAAAGAGAAGCUGCAGGAAGUGUUGAACGGUGACAGAUGGAGAAUCAACAACUACCUGGAUAAAACAUGCCAACCUCAAAAGAUUUAUGCCAUUGUGAAGCAGGCCAGUGGAUUCAUUGGUGCUCGAAUGCCGUACAACCUGGUUAGCUUUAACUGUGAACACUUUGCUAACGAUCUACGCUAUGGAAAGCGCACAUCUCGACAGGUGAUCCAUGCUGGAGCAGGUGUGGGUGGAACCAUGGCAGGCCUUAUUAUAUUAGCUGGGACUGUGGUAGGAACCCUUAUAGGACUUGGCAGAAGCUGAAUGAGCAGAGAUGUUCUUCAAUUUUCAGAUUUUCAGUGAAUAAACUGUCAUUGUUCUUUCAUAAGAAACAGAAGAUCAUCACUACUUUUUUUCACAUUUGCCAAUUGUAUAAAAGAUGAAAACUAUAAUUUUUUUCAUCAUACAACACAUACACACACACACACACACACACACACACACACACACACACACACACACACACACACACACACACAAAAACCCAUCAAUAUACUCCUAGAGUGGAACACAAUAAAAGUCUACAUUUUACUGAAGGCAAAAUCCUAUAUGAAUCCUACAUGUAUGAAUAUUUACUUAUAGUUAUUAUUCCUGUGUUCUCACGAAAUGAUUUGGCACGGAUGGUUGAGGUCCUGUAAGAUGGAGUUCAGGUGUUUCCAGAUCCUAGUUGCUCCAUGAUAGAAUUGAGAGAUGGUGUCCUCAAACGGAAGCAAAAUGAGGUUUAGCAUUGUUCAGGUUUUUGAGCACAGUUGAUGCCUUAAGGAAACAAAGGGAAUCUGAAGUCAUGCAGAGGUUGAAACUUUUCUUCUCAACUGGUAAAUUGAAUGGUUUCAAUUAGCAUUAAAGGACCUGGCAACUGACUAGCAAACAGUACAGAAGUGGACAUUUUUACCCCAAUAGAGUAUUUCAAAGAAUCAACCCUUAUAUGAAAUUACAUUUAUAUUUGAAAGGUGCAGAUUUAAAACCAUACAAGUUCUCUAAUAGAAAGUUGAAAGAUCCGUCACCAACCGGGCCUCCUAUGAACUGUUUCUGUCUCUGUAGAAAAAAGCCAUUUGAAACCAGAAGUUUCCGCAUAUUAACUUGACUAAAGAAGCAUAUUGACGGUGCAGGAACAAAGCAUGACCCACAUUCAGAAGGGUCAUCAGGGCAUAUUUGAUCCAGUACAGAUUUUAUUGUUUGCCAAGCAUGCAGAAGUCUUUAUUAUUAUCAUAACUGAAGUUCACCGAGUUGUGGAAUCUGAAACUGAAACCUAUAAUAAUCACAUUUAUUAUUAUAGAAUUACUUAAUGACUUUAAGUGAUUCAUUUGCAUGUUAUUUUAUCACAUAGGUAUUUAAUUCAUCAGAAAAAACCUAAUAUUUGGUACAGACACUGUUGGAAUUCCAGAUAUCAAAAUGUUCCUGUAGUCCUUGAGUUUUGCAUAAACUGCAGCGAGGAUGUUGGACCACUCCUAAAUGCAUAUCUUCUCCAGAUCCUUCAGAUUUUGGGGCUGUCAUUGGAUAAUAUUGACCUCAGUUCCCUCCAAAGAUUUUCCAUUGUGUUCGGGUAUGGAGAUUGCCUAGGCCUCUCCAGGACCUUUAGAGCCUUUAAUGGAGCCACUCCUUAGUUGUCCUGGAUGUGUGCUUCAGGUUUCUGUCAUGAUGAGUCAUCCAGUUGGUCUAAUCUUCACCAACCUUAAUGAGGGAAGGUUUGUUAGCUAAGAUCCCCUGUCUCAUCCCUCUCAUCCUCUCUGUAACCCAUCUCAGCCUUUUGCAGCUCAACUGUUUUAUCUCUGAUCUCCCUACACUGAUCAUUUGGUCUUGGCAAUCAUGGAGUGGAUCAAGUUUCUUUAUUCAGAUAUAGCGGACAACAGCAGGGCUUCUUAAAGAAGAUUUAACAGGCCUGUGAGAGCCUGAGUUCUUACUAUUUUUAUAUGUUCAAAUGUUUAUGUAAUGCAAUACAAUUACUUAAUAAAAAUCAUACAUUGGGAUUUUCUUGAUUUUUAAUCUUGAUUAUGUCACUCGUGAUUGAAGAGCAUAAAUAUAAAAGAAAAUAUAAAUAUAUAUAAAAUAUAAAAAUGAAAAUCUGUGAAAUCAGCAGUGCAUCAAAUAUUUGUACUCCUCAUCGUAGUAUCUGUACGUAGUACUUGAUGUUGACAUCAUGGGUACCAAUCAUGGCCUGUUGACCUUUGCUAAAUGUCUUCUCUUCUCUUUCAACCACAUCUCUGUCAA